AUGUUUUCACUAUUUCAGUUCGAGCGAUAAGUUGCAGUCUCACACUGUAGAAUGUCGGAAGGUAAACAAAUGUGCAAUCCGACUACCGAGCGAGAACAAGUGGCUCAGCUUCAAGAACCACAGGAAAGAGCGACUUCCCUUUGUGGUGUACGCCGAUCUGGAGUGCGUGCUGCAGAAGACACAACCGGAUACGGAACACGCGUCAUACGCCUAUCAACAUCAUCGGGUAUGUAGUAUAGCAUACUACGUACAGUGCUCGUACGACGAAACGUUAUCGACGUAUCGAUUUUGUCGCGAUAACGACUGCGUCGCGUGGUUCGUCGAGGAACUUAACGGAUUGGCGCAUCGCGUAAAGAACAUCUUGUCCGACAUUGUAUGCAUGGUAGACUUAACGCGAGACGAGUGGGAGACAUUUCACAGCGCGACGAAAUGUCAUAUAUGUAAAGAACCGUUCGCGCCGGAUGAUAAUCGCGUACGCGAUUAUUGCCACCUAACCGGGCGUUACAGAGGUCCGGCACAUUCGACGUGUAAUCUGAAUUAUAAGGAUUCUCACUUUAUCCCAGUAGUAUUCCACAAUCUGUCGGGCUAUGACGCACAUUUCAUCAUUAAGGAGAUAGCUGCCGCGUUCGAAGGCAAGAUCGAUGUACUGCCUAUAACAAAGGAAAAUUCCUUGACCGGUGAAACCGUAUCCGAGAGCGAUUACGCGCACGCCGUGAACGUAUGGCAACGAUUUUCCGUUCGAACCCUGGGCGAAUACAGCGAUCUAUACCUGAAAACCGAUGUCUUGCUGUUGGCCGACGUGUGUGAAAAUUUCGGCGACAGCUGCGUCGCGAGUUACGGACUUGAUCGCGCGUACUACUACACUUUACCAGGCUUUACGUGGGACGCCAUGUUGAAACAUACGUGUAUCAAUUUUGAACUGCUAACCGACGUUGACAUGGUCAUGUUUAUCGAACGUGGUAUUCGCGGCGGCCUGAGUCAAUGUUCCGGCAGAUACGCGAAGGCCAACAACAAGUAUAUGAAGUCGUACGAUUCAUCGAAACCGUCGUCGUACCUAAUGUACUUCGAUGUCAACAACUUGUACGGCUGGGCGAUGUGUAAGCCACUGUCCUACGCGGAGUUUCGAUGGGUCGAAGACACGUCAAAUUUCGACGUUAACGCGAUCGCUUUGGAUUCGCCUACGGGUUAUAUUCUCGAGGUUGAUCUCGAGUAUCCGCAGGAUAAACAUGACGCGCACGCUGACUUACCGUUCUGUCCGAUGCGCGAUAAACUGCCCGGCAAAUGGCAGGACAAACUUCUCGCCACGCUGAACGAUAAGGAGCGUUAUGUCAUCCAUUAUCACAAUCUGCAGCAGUGCAUGCGCCAUGGCCUUCGCAUCACUAAAAUACAUCGCGUAUUGCAAUUCACUCAAUCUGAGUGGCUCCGUUCUUACAUCGAACUCAAUACAAAAUUCAGGACACAGGCAAAAAAUGAGUUCGAAAAAACGUUAUAUAAAUUAAUGAAUAACGCUGUUUUUGGGAAAACAAUGGAGAAUGUACAAAACCACGUCGAUGUAAAAUUAGUUACGAAGUGGGAGGAUAGAUACUGUGCGGAGGCAAUGAUCGCGCGACCGAAUUUCCACAGCAGGAGCGUGUUUUCGGAAAAUCUGGUAGCCAUCGAACUGCGCAAACUCGAGGUGAAAUUUGACAAACCGAUCUACGUCGGCAUGUGCAUCCUCGACUUGUCGAAGGUGUGCCUAUACGAAUUUCACCAUGAAUACAUGUCUCCCCUGUACCGCGACUCGUGUAGAAUCAUGUAUACCGACACGGACAGUUUGAUUUAUCAUAUCAUGUGGGCGACGACGCGUAUAAGAACAUGA